GUAUUGCCAUCUAUCUAGAAAUAAAUCGUGAUGGUUGGUGGACAUGCGAUGAUUUAGUUAAUCAGGUAGUUGAAUGUGCUAUACCAAUAUUUGAACGAAUACACCUCAACAAGAUAGCUCUAUUUAUGUUUGAUAAUAGUAGCAAUUAUGGUUCAUUUGCUGAUGAUGCCCUUUUGGUCUUACAAAUAGAUAUGAAAGAUGGUACAAAAAAACUACUUCUUCGUGAUGAUAUAAUGCCUGAUAGUUCCAAGCAUAUAAUGACCUAUAUAAACAAUGCUAAUGUAAAAAGGCCUAAGGGAAUUAAACAGGUUCUUGAAGAAAGAGCUGCUGACUUUGCAGUAAAGAAGUAUUGUUCUUAUCAUCGAAUUUCAGAACAAGUUCUUGAAGAAUUCGCUUAUUAUUAA